UUCUAGUCAAUGGACUCCUGCUUGCAAAAAAAAAACGAAGAAGAAGAAGAAAUCUUUAAUGCUAGUAGCAAUGAAGACUGCUUCUUUACUAUAUGGAACAAGGCAUAAUGACUGCAUUCACUACAUCCAAGGAGUGUAAUUUAACCUUCUGCUGCACCAAAUGGCAGUAAAGUUCCUUUCUUUCCUUCACAAAACCCUAAACCAAAACCCUAAAUCAAAAUCCCUCUACGUUUCUUACUUCCUAAACCACACUCUCUCUCAAGACCAAUAUGACCCGCCAUUUUCUCUCACCAAAAAACCCAAACCCAAAAACACCACCGAGCCGAAAGAAACGCCUGACCCGAAUAACGACCCGAAACUCCCUGUAAAAUCGGACCUUGCUUUUGACUUCAGAUACUCAUAUUCUGAGUCAAAUAUAAACUCUCAAGAGCUUUUUGUUUUUUUUUGACACAGCAGUGUAAUUUAACCUUCUGCUGCACCAAAUGGCAGUAAAGUUCCUUUCUUUCCUUCACAAAACCCUAAACCAAAACCCUAAAUCAAAAUCCCUCUACGUUUCUUACUUCCUAAACCACACUCUCUCUCAAGACCAAUAUGACCCGCCAUUUUCUCUCACCAAAAAACCCAAACCCAAAAACACCACCGAGCCGAAAGAAACGCCUGACCCGAAUAACGACCCGAAACUCCCUGUAAAAUCGGACCUUGCUUUUGACUUCAGAUACUCAUAUUCUGAGUCAAAUCCUGCAAUUGAGCCAAUUGGGUAUCGUGAACCGAAACGCUUUUCUCCAUUUGGACCCGGUCGCCUUGAUAGGAAAUGGACUGGCACUGCUGCUCCGACCCAGUUGGAGACGGACAUGGAUAAGUUAAUGGAGGAGAGGAAUCGGGUUCUUGGGGACCCACUUACGGAGGAGGAGGUGGCGGAGCUAGUGGAGCGGUAUCGCCAUAGUGAUUGCUCCAGGCAAAUCAAUUUGGGCAAGGGAGGGGUUACUCACAAUAUGUUGGAUGAUAUUCACAACCAUUGGAAGAGAGCUGAAGCUGUGAGGAUCAAGUGUUUGGGAGUACCAACUCUUGAUAUGGACAAUGUUUGUUUCCAUCUUGAGGAUAAAUCUGGUGGGAAGGUUGUCUAUAGGAACAUUAAUAUCCUUCUUUUGUAUCGGGGUCGAAAUUAUGAUCCUGAGAACCGGCCUGUUAUUCCCCUCAUGUUGUGGAAGCCUUAUGCGCCUAUAUAUCCGAAGCUUGUUAAGAAUGUAGCUGAUGGUUUGACGUUUGAACAGACGAAAGAAAGGAGAAACAGAGGAUUGAAUUCUCUGCCCCUGAUGAAACUCACCAGGAAUGGUGUGUAUGUGAAUGUGGUUGACAGAGUGAGGGAUGCUUUUGAAACUGAGGAGGUUGUGAGACUGGACUGCAAACAUGUGGGUAUGAGUGACUGCAAAAAGAUUGGUGUGAAACUAAAGGAUUUGGUACCUUGUGUUCCUAUUUUAUUCAAGGACGAGCAGAUUAUUCUUUGGAGGGGCAAGAGAAAUCAGGAGCUGGAAUCAUCAACUGCCUAAGCGCAAACUUGGAAUCAUGUUUUUGGCAAGCCAGGAUUGCUGAUUGGAGUUUGCUUGUUCUCUAAACACACUCAGCUGGCUGAGACAACAUGGAUUGGCUUGGUUUACCUGAUCAAACCAACAACAUAUCAUCCUUCGUCUCUUGUUUGGUGUGACAGUUAGAAUGCCGAAAGGUCCAUCCAUUACCUCCUUUGCAUAAAGGACUCUAGCGUUGCCCAUUUGCUUAAAAUUGGCAGUCUGUUAGACUAAAAUUGAGGCCUGAUUUGUACAAUCUUAUCACAUUGCAAGAACUCAUGUAUUUUCUUGUUUGAGAUUGUAUUUAAAACUUACUCUUGGUCAAACCGCAAUAUCCUUCGUUGUUUCUAUAUCCGGAAUUGUGAUCGUGGGUCAUCAUGCCAUCUUAGGUGUAAAGAAAGUUGAGACAGAACUCUGAAGUUUCAGGUUCUUAAAAGUCUUGUUAUCCUAUUCAAGUUUUGAUACUAUGUUGUUGA